UAACGUAGCUGAAUUUGCGUACCUUAGUCCGAAGUGUGGGGGUAGUGUGGACCAGGCCCAAGCGUGAAUGGGCUUAACUAAAAGUUGAGCUUACCUUAUACAACAUCGCUUCAUAGUGAUGUAUGAGCCAGAAGGACUUCAUCUUGACCCUCAAAUCCCGGGAUGAGUUUGCAGGGCCAGCAGUUAGCAAAUCUUUCUCCUUGCCUAUAGAUGGACCAUAUGUCAUCUGGAAUUGCAGGACAUGAUUAUCAAACUCUACAAUGCCAUCCUUACAAAGUCACUGGUGUGACUGACUUACACCUUGAAGUGCAAGUGUCGCUAGCCCUAGUAAUUUUUAUCUGAAGUGUCACUGCAGAUACUAUUCCCGGUCAUAUAAAUAUAUAAUCUGGUCUCCGAAAUCCCUUAAUUGCUUUGCUUAAGUAACAUCCUGCAACAGAGAGUUCCGUGGUUAAUGAUAUGGUAUGUGGAUGUGUGAAAGUGUAACUUCCUUUUUAAUCCAUUUUAAACACACUCUGUUUAAUUUCAGAGCGUCUCAUUGUUUUCCUGGAACAGAAUGGGGGCAUCUGACUGGAAACUGGACCAGCCGGACUGGACAGGGCGUCUCCGUGUCACGUCAAAAGGCAAAAUUGCAUACAUCAAGCUAGAGGAUAAAGUUUCAGGAGAGCUCUUUGCUCAGGCUCCCAUAGACCAGUUCCCUGGCCUUGCAGUGGAGACUGUGACAGAUUCCAGCCGGUACUUUGUCCUCCGAAUUCAGGAUGGGAAUGGGCGAAGUGCUUUCAUUGGCAUCGGCUUCUCAGAUCGGGGUGACGCCUUUGACUUCAAUGUCUCCCUGCAGGAUCACUUCAAGUGGGUGAAACAGGAGACCGAAAUCUCCAAGGAGUCACAGGAAACUGACACACGCCCCAAACUGGACCUAGGGUUCAAGGAAGGACAGACCAUCAAACUAAACAUUGGGAACAUGCCAACAAAGAAAGGAGGGGCACCCAAACCCCGUGCAGCUGGAAUGGGGGGGCUGAACCUGCUCCCACCCCCUCCAGGUGGCAAAAUCACAGCCCCUCCAAUCCCUCCCCCAUCUUCGACAGCCAUUUCCAACCAUGUGACGCCGCCACCAGUGCUGAAAUCCAGCAACAUGGGCAAUGCUGAUAUCCUGUUAGAUUUGGACUCUCCUGCAUCCAUCUCUAAGGCACCAGCACUUGCUGCUGUUCCAGCCACCACAGACCUCUGGGGAGACUUCAGCACUGCAUCCAGCGCUGUUCCCAAUCAGGGUCCUCAGCAGUCCAACUGGGUCCAGUUCUGAAUGGCAAAGGCAGUGGAGUGGGAACAGACCGAUGACCAAGAGGCUCUAGGGGCAUCAAGUGGGAUGGGAGGGAUCCAAACCUCUCAAGACUUCAAUCAAAAAUCCUGGACAAUCUUUCCUUCUAAAGUUUCCACUUCAAUUGAGACUGAUUUUUGAUCUCACAGUAAAACUGCCAAACCCUGAGGGAACAUCUCAAAAUUCCACCAUAUGAUAGCCAGGGAGAGGAAGGGAGUUGUCUCCUCUAUCCACCUGGCUAUUGAGAGAUGCAUCCUGUUUCUUGUUUCUGAGCUAUCCAUACAGGGAAAUCAAGAAUCCGUAAUGUGAGGCCCAUGAAGAGGGUUUGAAGUUGUCUGAGGCUUUUGUGUUUUUAAGCUCUCCGUCUGGCGAGGGCCAGCUCCCUCCCACUGUUAAAAACCUUUCACAGGUAUUCUACAGUAAAGACCCAAAUCACUACAGCUUGGCUUGCAGGGCUGAGGGCUGUUAGGGUUUCAUGCAGCCGUGUUUGGGGCCCUAGUUUGUAUUGAUGGAUUAGCUAUGGCCCUAACAUAGGAACAGCUAGGAGAUUGGAGCAGUCUGCCUUCUCUCUCCUAUGGAACAGGAUCUUGUGCAUUAAUCCUUAAUCAUGGCAUGUCUGUCCAGGCUAAGCCAUAACCACCCCUUUGUCCUCUCUCCUUGGUCUGAUAUGCAGAUCUUCCCUGUGAUGGGUGUUCCCUGUGGCUUUGCGGGAGGAGACACAGGUCCAUGUAUAGACCGACCUGCCUCCGGGCCACAGACCUGGCACUUCAUGAUCAUGACUUUCUCUUACUUGGCUUGUUCUUUUAGAAGCUGAUCUUGGUGCUGCUUCCCUCCCUGCCCUCCCAAAGCACUCUCCUGUUUCCCUCCUCCCCCACUGAGAUCUCAACAUGCCAUUGAGCUGUUUUAACUGGAAGUGUGUAAAAAUGCCUGUUUUUAUAAUUGAACAGCCAUGCUAGUGGUGUGGCUGGUUAGCGACUGGAUUAUCCCACCUCCAUCAGCACUUCAUCUCCCUAGCCUCUGCUGGGAUACGUCCUGGUGAGACACCUGCAUCUGGCAGUGCUAUGCCGAAAUCACUUGCAUUACAACAGUUUCCCUGAGCCCAUAGAUAGCUCAAUCUGCACUGAGGGAGGGUGAGGAAGGGACAGAUCCCAUAGGACACCCCCCACACCCACUCUAUUUGGGGAGGGAUUGAUUGCAGGUGGGAAGCUGGCUGAACCCUGACUAGGGUCUGGUCUUGCAUGACAUGUGGGCUAUGACAGGCCAUUUUGGAGCUGGGUGUUCUCUCCUUGCGCGCGCGCGCACACACACACCCUGUAAUUUUCCACUUGUGGGAUUUAUUUGCCAUGAUGACUUAAUGUGCCCUGAACCCCCCUGUCCCUCAAGCCCUUCUUAAGGGCAUACAAAGUCUCUGAGGCAGAGGGGUCUUGUACCUCAUUCCUUGUUCUGUUGGGGAGACCUUUAAAGCCCUUUGCUUUUCAUUCCCCCCCACCCUGUUCCCAAAUAACCAUGCAAGUCUGCUUGCUAAUCUGGGUCAUUUUACAGGGAAGCCUGGCCUCCUACCCACUUCCACCAUAUGGGCUUCAGUGGAGUCCCUAGCAGAACAGCCAGUCUCCCCAACCCUCCUGUAGCUGGGAUCCGCUUUCUAGAACACUAGACAUGGGCUUUGCAGACAGGUGUCUUCUUGUUUGUGACACUCAACUAGUGGCAACACGUCUAUCCUCAGAUGUACUGUGGAAUCAUUAAAACUUUGCUCACUUAAUUUCUGCCCUCCACCUCUAAAAUCGCAGGGCUAGAGUUCUAAAAGGGGAGCAGCUAAUUGGGCACUUUUGUACUUCCAAUUGGUCUCCAACCCUUUUUCUCUCUUCUCCACUGUUGCGAUUGUAGACUACCUCUCUGCAGGCUCACUAGUACUGAGGGCAUUGAGAGGCCAAUUUGCACUUGGAGCAUCUCUCUAGGAAGCAAAAACUAUUUUGAAGAGACUUGUGGGAGUGCCAUGUCUCUGUAAAGCUGCUGCAGUUCCACUUGUGGAAGUGGGGACCAGAUUGCAGGCUUGGAUGGAUAGAUGUAUUUUAAAUAGCCACCUAUUCAUGAUCCCCAGAUGUAUUUUCCCCUCUUGAUAUUUGCUCCUGAAUCUCACUGUUGGUUUAGCUCCCUGUCUCUGAGGCUUCCCUUUCUCCUAUGAAUUUGUUACAUGGAUGGGUGUAAAUCACUAACCCCUUCCUCUCCUGGUGUUCUCUACACUAGGCCAUAUGCCCUGGCUGUUGGCUCAAAUCUUCCAUAUCAGUGGCAGGUCCAGUCGUUUCAAUUAUAUAUCAGUUUCCAAAACUAAGGAAGUUCACAGUAUCAAUUAGCAACUAACCAGGAGCCUCUCCCUCUGUGUAAUGUCUCUUAGCUAGUAUUCUGGAGAUAAUAUAUUAUGUAUUUGCAAAGCUGAAGAAGCAAAAAUUAAAGAUGUAUGUAUAUAAAGCAUAAAAUGUACUGGUGCAAUAAUGGUAAUUAAAAACAAGAAAAAAUUGGGAAAA